AUGGAAAAACUGACAAAUCUCAAUCUUCAUUUGUUCUUUGAAGUCUUUAAAUGGUAUUUGGAUGGACGAUUUUGGCGUAUGUUCAAUGCAAAGUAUCCUGGAUUACCUUCAAUACGUGACAACAUCUACGAACAAACGGCGUUGAUUGCAACACAUGUACAUGAAUUCGCUGAAUUCACUCAUCCUACUACGAAUAUGAUACGGUAUGUCGGAGGAUUCGCUAUAAACGAUCCACAACCUUUGAGUAAGGAGCUGGACGAUCUUCUGAAUAAAAGACCCGCUACUAUUUUGUUCUGCAUGGGCUCUCUUGCACAAUCCAGGGAAAUGCCUGACCAGCUGAAAAAAGUUUUUAUCGAAACAUUCACUUCACUUCCAAACAUCACCUUCAUCUGGAAAUAUGAAGAGUCUGAUCAUAGCCUGUUCAAAAACGCUCCUAAUAUUUAUACAAUGAAAUGGGUACCACAGACCGAUCUGCUCGCUGAUCAGCGACUUUCACUGUUCAUCACACAUGGCGGUGUGAAUUCCAUGUUGGAAUCG